AUGUCUAAGAGAGCCGCUGCGGGACAAAUCACAAGGGAAACAUUAGGAAGAGACGAAGAAAGCAGUGAUGAAGCAAACCAUAACUCUAGGGCUAGUGUUGAUGUGAUGUCUAAAAGGAAAAUAUUGAAACCAAGGGGAAGAAGUAAUGGACCCAAAUCUCAUCUGAAUGGAUUUGGAGGUUCUACCUUUAGCAACGUAGGCAAACAAGUUGCAAGUGUGUCCUCUGCUACUGAUUCGAAGAAUUCAUUCUCGGAUGGCGAUAAAAAUGAAAAGGUAAGAGCACUUAAUGAUAAAUUUGUGGAGACUAUCAACAGACUCAAUGCACAAGGCACAAUUGCUGAUUUUUCUUCGGUGGCUUCAAAAUACAUCGAGUAUUAUAAGAAAAUACAGAGUGGAGACAUCAAGACACUUAUUGACGAAAAACAGCCUCUGAAUGGUAACAUACUAGGUAAUUCUGGUGCACCAAAUCCUGUGGGAGGCCCUAAGUCCAUCUCCGAUUCUGAUUCUGAUUCUAAUUCUGAGCAAGAUAUUAAAAUUGAAGGGCCAAAGUUUCAAUUGACUAGCAAGCCGGUAUCGAAAAACUCUCCGUUUACAUUUGGACCUAAGUCUACAAAAGAGAAACUGGCCUCUGACUCUGAUUCUGAGGUUGAAAUUAAGGGUCCUAUAUUCCAAUUUAAUAAGCCAAUAAGCGACCGCAUAUUUAAAUUUGAUUCGUCAAAUAACGCUAAUCCAAGUCUGUCAUAUCCUAAUAGUUCGAAACCCUCAACCGACAGUGUGACUGAGAAUAAGAGCCUGUCAGCAUUUUCAUUUGGAGAGGGCAAGGAUAAGAAUUCGAUACCUAAAUUUGGUUUUCAUGAGACGUCUCAACCUAGUAAGGCAGCUUUCUCUUUCACUUCGAAUAAGGAGGCUGAUUCUGCUACCCCUUCUUCUACUGAAAAAACUAAACCUUCUGGAAAUAAAGAUGAUAAGUUGGACAAGCCUAGAGGUGAGACAGCAAGUUUAAGGUUUUCGUUUGGCGAUAAUUCUUCAAAGAAAGCGGAGGAUCUGGCUUUUAAACCCUCUACAGUCGACAACCACAAACCUGCUUUUUCUUUUGGUUCAAUAAAGACGCACGAGAGAUCUGAGCCUUCUUUUUCAUUUGGCCCAAACUCGAACAACAAUCUUACUGAGUCAGAUGCUGUGAAUGUUAAAGAUUCUUCGAAAUUUACGUUUGGGAAUAAUCCACAGAGCGAUGCUCAAAAGAGUGAGAAUAUGCAGAAACCUGCUUUCUCUUUCGGUUCUAUUAAUGAGAAUAAAGAUAAGCCUAAGCCUGCUUUCUCCUUCGGUUCAAACAAUGAAAUUGGAAGUGCAUCGCAAACUUCUUCUCCAUUUACAUCAAAUAAGGAAAAUAAGGACGCUUCGAAACCCGCUUUUUCAUUUGGUGCUAAAGAUGGAAACCAACCUACAACUGCAUUCUCAUUUGGGAAAGCUUCGACGACGAACCUGAAAACUGAUGGAAAUCUCAAUUCCGGAUUUUCGUUCACUGGUUCUGCCAACCAAAAGACAGAAAAACCGGCCGCUGUAUUAGACUCUUUGGCAGAAAACCCAGUUAAUGAUAAACCUAGUUUCUCAUUUGGGUCAUCAUCUCAAACUUCGGAUUCUCAAGGUCCUUCGAACGAAAAAAAGGGUCUAUUUGGCUCUAACUCGUUAACUGAAAAAAAGCCGGUCUUUCAAUUUUCUUUUGGUAAGCUGAACGAUUCGCAAAGUACUACAGAUACAGAGAGCUCACAUAAACCAACAGAAAACGACAAUACACCCACCAAAGACGACCUGGAGACUAUGGGUGGUGACUUUGAGCCUGUUGCCAAAUUACCAGAGAACAAUGUGGCAGUAGAAACUGGUGAAGAAAAUGAGUCUAUACUAUUCUCCAAGCGCGCGAAACUAAUGUUUUUUGAUCCUUCGAACAAGGAACAACCUUAUUCCAACAGAGGAGUCGGCGAGUUGAAAAUUUUGAAAUCAAAUGAAACACAUAAAUCUAGGAUCUUGAUUCGAGCAGACGGUGGCUUAAGAAUCAUCUUAAAUACCUUAGUUUCUAGGGACAUGACUUACGCAAAAAUUGGCAAUGGCUCUAUGGUUAGAGUUCCAACCGUAAAUCCAGAGACGAAGGCUAUUGACACUUAUGUUGUUAAGGUUAAAACGCCCAGUGAUGGCGAGGAACUUUUUAAUACGUUAAAUAACGUUGAGAGUUGA